GACGGAAACCACUCAUGUGUCUAGCCCGCUAGAUCGGAUUAAGCCGACUGAAUUUUUCUGCUUGUAACCCUUUACCCCACUUGUAUUCUGCGACUUGUCAAGCGAUGUGAAUUUUACGUCAAGAGCCGAUAUUGAUUUCAUCUUUGUGACGGGCGCGAAACUCCAACUUCUGUGUCGUUUAAGACUAGCGAAACCGGAAAGGUACAACAGUGUUGAAAGACUCUACUGGUAGAAGUAUGGCCGAACUACCUGCGGAUGUUAUUUUGGAAUUUCAAGCUGGACUUUCAAAAUUGAAUAUUUUCCUUCAAAACACAUUAUCAAGUGAAUUCCUGAGCAGUGAAGCUGAUGUGCACAAAAAAGAAUGUGUUACUCUUGUGGAAGGACUGAUUAAUUCUCUAAACAACAUGAAAAACAGCAACAUAAAGGAUGAAAACCUCCUUAAUGGUAGACUCUCUAUUUCAAGUCAGUCAUUGGAUGAAACAAAUGAUUCAAAUGGAAUUACUGACCAGGGGAUUCCCCGCAGUGGUUCCCUCCCAGAUAUGUCCAGUUAUGUUCAACCUGAGGAUUCAGGGAACUGGCAAGCAAGCAAGAGUAAAAAGGGAUCCUAUUAUGCAGACUUUGAUCAUGAAGAAAUUAACCUAAAUGACUUGCGUCAACUCGUUAUCUAUCAUCCCGUUGAAGAAGAUGACACCUCUGACAAUAAUGAGAAUGAUGUUCAUUGUCAUAACACCCUAAAUACUUCAAAUGAAUUAAACACAUCAAACCGGUCACCGGUCAAUAAACGAAAAAGUCGUAAGAGAGACAGUGCAGCACUAUUUGACAUUUCUCUUGAGGAUUUAACUGAGCCAGAUUUUGCAGGACUCUUGAGGGAGAAGCACAGUGAAAAGCUCUGGUGGUGUGUCCUUAUUGACCAGCAUCUGUGCAUAUUUCCUUCUCAAGAUCCAGAAGAAGUGGCAUAUGAUGUUAUCAUCAUGCCAUGUUGUCAGAUUUCUUUGGACGAUCGGCUUAUGCGCACACCAGUGUUUAGACUGACCCAGUCAGACAUGGCACCUUGGGUGUUUGUUGCUUUUGAUAAUGAUGAACUUAAAGAGUGGAUGAAGGUUCUAACUAUUGCUGCAUCUGCUGGUAAAAGUUCCUCUGUUACACCUUCUAAUACAGAUGAAAAAAAGGCCUCUGUUCCUCCCCAAGCUCCUCUCAUGCAGUCCAUUUUAGAAGAGGAGGAGGAGGAACUUGAUGAAUUUGCAGAAGAAUCUCUGUGUAGCUCUUUUCAAUCAGAUGUUAACCAUCUUUCAUCUCAAUCCUUCAAGAAAUCUUUCGAGUUAAAUAAGAGUGACAACAAUCCACCAGUAAGUUAUGUGAAUGGAGAGGCUGUGGAAAAUGGUUAUGAGAAAAAAGGCUUUCCUGCGCUACCUAAGAGGCCUGAUGAAGUUGAUGGGGAACAGUUUGGAGAGGAUAUUUAUGAAGCAGUAGCAAACCAAAAGGCAGUCCAGGAGAACUUUCAAGAUGAUGGAUUUGCUACAGAUGAAUUUGAUUCAGGUUCAUCAGAUGGUGGUGAUGUAUCAACAAGCCCCCAAACACAACCAGUUCAAAAAACCAAAAAGACAAAGCAAUUCUUUAAAUGGCUUAAGAAGAAGGCAAAGAAGGACAAGCUCUUUAGUAGUCCCGAGGAUGGAGUUGCCUUGGCAGGUUAUGCAUACAAGUCAAAUGACAGCUCCAAGCGCUGGUUCUUGAUAAGAGAACAGAAGUUGCAUUGUUUCAAGACGAUCAAAGACGAGGAUCCUGAAAUAACAUUUGACCUGAAUGGAAGCGAGAUCAAAGUGGGAGAGGAAGAAAAGGCCAAACUUUCCAUUCAGGUGCUGAGAGAUGGUGCAAUUCAUUUUACACUAGUGGCCAAAAAUUUGAAAGACUGGGAACGCUGGAAAAAGGCUUUCUUAUUAGAAUCUGGAUUUAUUCAACUUGCUGUCUCACCAACAGAUACAAAUUCAGGUUUUUAUGAUCAGGAGGAAGAUGAAGAAGAAGGAGACUAUGUUACUCCUGUAGUUUCUCCAGGAUUAGAGAAGACUCCUAUACCUACAAGUAAAACUUUCCCAUUAAAUAAUAACAAUGAGACAUAUGAUGAAGACCUUUAUAUGGAAGUUGUUCCUUCUAGGGUGACAACUGUGGAAAAAUUGAAAUCACCAUCACCAUCAUCAAGUCUGCUGGAAUUAGGGCCACUUCCUCCUCUGCCUCCUGAUCUACUGCCACGGAACACUCCAGAUGGUGCAGAGGGAGAUACAAAUGAAGAGAACUGUCCUAACAUAUCAGAGAGCGAGGAUAUUUAUGAAGAAGUUUCCUCCUCAGUUGCCAAUGCUGAUAAAGUAAUCAAAUGGCAGGGCCUAAAUUCCAAAAAAUUAGAGGUGUGCCCUGCUGGUGUUCAAGGCAAACCUUCUGAUAAAGCAGCUAAAGGUCCUGUCCCUGCUGGUGUUUUGGAUGGCGGUAUUGAAGACAGUGCUAUGACUGCAUCAUCAUUUCUGGACAGUUCUUCAAAACCCUCUGCAGGCAGACUUAAUUCAUCAGUCGGAGCGUGGUGUACCAAAGGCAAUGAUAAACAGCAGUAUCUUCAAAUCGACCUUGGUGAGGUGGACAGAGUGUGUGGAGUGGCUACACAAGGAAGACCAGGUUUUCUUGAUCAGGGAGGUUGGUUUGUUAAGACUUACACACUGGCUUACAGCAAAAAUGGAGAAAACUGGGCCAAUUAUAAAGAAUUUGGAAUUGCUAAGGUUUUCCAGGGUAACAGCGAUCCUGACACAGUAGUCACGAACAUGCUGAAAAUGGCAGUGAACGCGCGUUAUGUGAGGGUUAAGCCCCAGUCUUGGCAUAACCACAUUGCCAUGCGUGUUGAGGUCUACAAAGGAGAAGCUAGCUCGAAACUUACUGCUGGAAUCCACAAAUUAGCUGACACUCUAACAAAGACAACAAGAAAGAAAGCAGGUGACCGGCAACGUACCACAUCCUCUCCAGUUGAGAUUGAAGAGGAAGACGAUUACAGCGCAGCAGAACCUACUUUAGAGAGGAAAGGUUCUUUUGAUGAGAAAGUAAAGUAUAUCGAUCGUCCAUCCUCCGAGGAAAAUCUAUUGGACGGAGAUGAGGAACGUGACAAAGGAAAACAAGUCACUGGUUUGGAUAAUGAAGCUGUUACUAACGAUGAAGGAUUAGCUGCGGAUGAUUAUCUUCAAUUGGUGAGAGAACCCACUGAAGAGGAAAAACAGGUGGAAUUGAAAGUUCAACAGAGCAUCGAAGCACGUCGGAAUGGAGAACAGAUUGGUAGAUGUGAAGUAUCACAAGGAAUUAAAGCCAAGAAAAGUUUGUAUGAGCAAAUUGAGACGACCCAAGACCAAAGGAAAGACAGUUUAUCAAAGGGUUCUAAGGAAAAUGUGGUGGUAACAAAGAAAGAAAAAUACAUUGUGGAAAAGAGGGAAGUUGAGGAAGAAAAAAUUGAAGGCAAAGCUAACAAUGAAAAGAAGAGAAAUUCUUCUGAUUCAUCCCAACGAGAUCCAGAUAUAGAACGAGAAGAGCUGGAGAAAACUGAAAAGGCUUUCCAGAAGUAUGCCAAGCAGCUGAAAGAGGACGGAGGGCCUGUUGUGAAAGAAAAAAGAGCUUCUAUUGUCGCCCUAAACAGACUUAACUUCGAAGACCCGAGGAGUGCCUCAAAAGCUAAAGAGAAUGGAAGUUAUCUUGAAAAAAUGGAGAGUCUGCUCAAAGAAAAAGAAGAGCUUUUGAAGAAGAUGGAAAAUCUGAAAAAAAGGUUGUCAGUUGCCAAGGAUAGGAAAAUAUUCUUUAGUCUAUCCACUUCCAGGUCCAAGGCAACCACAGAUGCUGACGCUGAAUUUCAUGAAUCCCAAAAUGAAAUGGCAAAGACAAAGAAAAGACUUCUGGAAAUUGAGAAUGAAACGAAAAAUUUGAAAGUCAUGGAGUUAAGGUACCAAAAGACACCUGAGAAGACAAAUCCAGAUAAGCUUUUUCUUCGUAGAAGUAGCAGAGAAUGUAAGCUGGGAUCGGUUGAGGUACAAAGCUCAAGGGUUGCUAUUUCAUCCCCAUCUUCUGGGAAGGAAAAGGAGGAAGAGCUUGCCCAGGCAGGAAGUGUGUUGUCUCAGUUCAAGGCAUUUGAACAGAUGAAGAAAAAGUGAAAGCAUACGAAAACUCGGAAGUUAAUCCUUUGCGGAAGAGCUCUUUUAAUGUGGGGAAACAUUUCAUGUUUAGUUAAUUUGAAACUUCUGUUUUUUGCUUUUCUCCGGCAAGGCAACAUACUUGUAUUCUCAAAUUUGAUUAUUCUGUCUAAUAAACUACUGUAAGAGCCUUCAUACAUGCGCUGAAAGCGUAGUUGCGUCACCUUUUGAGGUUGCUGGUUUAUUUUUAUUCUUAUUGCGUUUUAGCAAAUUGCGUUUAGUUGGUGACUUGACUUAAGUUACUUAACGUAUAUGUUCUCAAGACAUUGUUGAAAGAAUUAAAUUAAGUAAUAUGUAUGUUGUAUUAAUGUCUCUGCAACGUCUUAAAAGAAGACGCCAGUUCUUAUAUGUAUUGAGUAUUCAAAACGUGUUAGUUUAAAUCAGUGCAUUGGAAACAAUUGUUACUUCAUACAAUCACUUGCUAUUCCUAAAACAAUUUCUAGCUUAAGAUGCCAAGAGAAAACCUUGUCUGAGAAGUUCAAAAGUCAAAGCGAGUGAAAUCUUUCACCUUGUAUUUCAGAAUUUCAAUCAAUCGGGCAAGUCGCUGAGAGUUUUAUUUCAGUGGCCGUUAUUAACAAAAAGCGGGUACUUUUACUCAGUUUUACACAAUUAAAAAUCUCUAAUAUAAAAUAUGUAAAUAUUGUAGGAGAGUGAUACUUUAUUCCAUAUGUGUAGUAAAAAGAGUUUUUUAUUUUCAUGUUAUGUAACGGCCAAAUUUGAUUAUCUAAGCACCUCGUUUUUAUUGCUCCCCACGUAUGAAAAUGUAACAGACUGCUUUUUAAUAUGCACUUGAGUGAAAAUGUUAAUUUCUGCCACUUACGAUAAUGGUAAAUUUUUUUUGGUGGCAGAAAGAGUUUUCUUUUCAAAUUUUUUGAUUAGCGAAGGUUCGCCAAGAAUUUUUUUUUUUGAUGAAUGUAAUAAACUCAGUUUCUUUCAAGCUUUCCUAAGGUGUUA